GACGCCAUGACGCUGACAGUUUGCAUUAGCUAGAAAAUAAUGGCCUCAUCGUAGUAAAAAGCCAGUAUGACAUCUGUAUUUAACUUAACAUUUAAGAAGUCACCAAAGCGGACCACGUAAGCUCUCAUGUGGACACAUUAGCCCGCUACAGAGCAGCUCCGUUACGUUACUAAACCGGGCAGCUAAGUGACGUUGGACGAGGACAGCGGCAGCGAUGACGCUCAGGACAACCAGCCGAUAUCCUCCUCGGACAUGUCCACUUCUGCUCGCCAUCUUUCUGCUUACUUUGAGUGUACAUUUGGCGAGAGCAGCUUCUGAGUAUGACCCUUAUAAAAUCCUGGGUGUCAGCAGGAGUGCGAGUCAAGCAGAAAUCAAAAGGGCGUACAAGAACCUGGCCAAGGAGUGGCAUCCAGACAAGAACAAGGACCCCAAAGCAGAGGACAUGUUCAUCAAGGUUUCUAAAUCAUACGAGAUUCUAUCUAAUGAGGAGCGAAGGUCCAACUUUGACCGCUAUGGACAGAUGGAUGAAAACCAGCCCUUCGGCCAGUCACAGCAUCACGGUUUCCGCAGCUUCCACAACAGCUUUUACUUUGACGAGUCUUUUUUCCAUUUCCCCAGGUCCAGGGACUUUGCAGACAGCAAGUACCUGCUUCACCACGCGCAGUUUAACAGCGACGUCCUUCCAGACAGCCACAGGAGGCCGUACCUCAUCAAAGUGACCUCCGAGUGGUGCUUUGCGUGCAUGCACAUUGAGCCUGUGUGGAAGGAGACGGUGCAGGAGCUGGAGCCGCUGGGUGUUGGCAUUGGCAUUGUGGACCUGGGUUAUGAGCGGCGCCUGGCCAGCCAGCUGGGAGCUCACCGCGCUCCCUCCAUCAUCGGGCUGGUGAACGGCAGGGUGACAUUCUACCAUCAGACUGUGGUACGAGAACACCUGCGACAGUUCAUCGAAGACCUGCUGCCACAGAAACUGGUGGAAAAGAUCACAGAUAACAACUACCUGGCUUUUCUGGAUAACUGGCACGUGGAAAACAAGCCCAGCGUUCUCUUGUUUGACCAGGUCCCUGUCAUUCCCCUACUCUAUAAGUUAACAGCGUUUGCCUUCAGAGACUAUGUGCGUUUUGGCUACGUGGACCAGGGUGUCACACACAACACUCGGCUACUACGGCAGUUCAACAUAAACACAUAUGCCCCCACCAUGCUGCUGUUCAAGGAGGACACAGAAAAGCCUGUUGACAUCAUUCAGGCCAGAGGGAUGAAGCGACAAAUCAUGGAUGAGUUUGUCUCCAACAACAAGUUCUUACAGGUGCCACGGCUGGUCAACCAACAGCUUUUUGAUGAGCUGUGCCCUGUCAAGCAGUUCCAUCGACGGAGGAAGUACUGCGUGCUGCUGAUCACAGGGGAGGACCAAGCCUUUAUUCCAGGCAAUAAGGCCUUCCUAGACUUCGCAUCGGUUAACAAAAAAGACGUGCUGCGGUUUGCGUAUGUCUACCAGCGUCAGCAGCAGCCGCUCUGUCAGGCACUGCUCCACAAUCAAGCUGCACUCUCACCUCAGGUGGUGAUUCUUGAGAGGCGGAGCCAUGCCGGCAAGGUCCUGUUCCGCUCUGUGAGUGGUGGCUGGAACGGCAGUGAAGAAGAUAAAUACCGUCUCCACGAACAGCUGGAGCUCCUUCAGAAAGACCCCACCUAUCUGAGCUCAGAUGCCACCCUGCCAGAGCUGAACAACGAGAUGGCCCCCAUCUUUAUUGUUCAGUGGAUGAAUGCCGCCUAUGAUUACAUCCUUCAAAUAUAUGAUGACCUUCUCUACUCCAACUGGCGAGAGAUGAUGCCCAUCCUGUCGUUGAUCUUCUCAGCGCUCUUCAUUCUUUUUGGCACAGUCAUCAUUCAGGCCUUUAGCGAGCCAGCUGAGAGCAAACCCCGGAAACCAAAGCCGAAGGAGCAGCCGCAAACUGAGGAUGAUGCAUCAAGUAGAGCUAGUACUUCAAGCCGUCCUCCUAAGAAGGACUUUGUGGAAGUGACAGAACUGACAGACAUCACGUACAUCAGCAACCUGGUCAAGCUGAGGCCCGGCCAUAUCAACGUCGUACUGGUGCUCACCAACGCCUCUAAGAAUGCCCUGCUCAGGAAAUUUGCCAAGGAGGUGUUUUCUUUCUCUGGGACCCAGACCCUCCACUUCUCCUUCCUCAACGCUGAUAAGCACCACCACUGGAUGCCAUCACUCCUUCGCUCAGCCUCUGACGCUACGCAGGGCGACGGCCAUUCAGACGAGGAUGAAGAAUCUCCAGACUACUCGGGCCAUGUCCUGGCCCUCAACGGUUACAAGAAAUACUUUUGCCUCUUUAGACCCGUCUUCACAGGGGACGACCCCAACGACUCCUCAUCCGAGACCUCAUUCUCCUCUGACAGCAGGAGAAAGUCCCGCUCCAGGUCAAGGUCCAGCUCCCACUCUCGGUCCAGAUCCCAUUCCAGGGAGGACGGGGCUGCACCCAGAAGGGGCUCCAGCAGGGCCACCAGCAUAGAAGUCCACCACAAGCUUGACAGGCUGGGACUGUGGAUGGAGAGGCUAAUGGAGGGCACCCUGCCCAGAUUACAGGUCCCUGCUUGGCCCUCUCUUGGUGAAACCACUAACUCGUCCGCAGGGAGCUGAAACCGGAAAAGGUUGAAUGGCAGCAGGUACGCUUUGCAAUCUGCUGAUUGAGUUCUUCAGCGAGAAAAGUGCAGCACAAUGUUGCAGUUUUUGAGUUAUUAUUUAAGUUCUCUUUCACAGAGGUAUGUUGCUGCACUUGAACUGUUGCAAACCUGCUUACAGAAUGUCUCAUUUUAUCUGGAAAUUGAUGGUUUAGAGUAGCGUGCUACCACAAACCUUUAAAAUGCACGUAUUGAGGCAAAGGUAAAGUCUGCGCUGCGCGAUGCUGCUUCAUGUCUUCUGUACAGAGACAGAAAAGGGAGAGACUCUUGGAAAACAACAAAAGCUGUAUUACAUACAAACACAGGCAAUCUUCACACACACACACACACACACACACACACACACACAGGUGGUGUUAUAGAUGAGGUACUGUCUCUGUUCCACAUAAACAGCCCAUAAGCAUCAUGGUACAGGCAUUAGAUGAAGCUAGCUUUUACAGAUUAAUCCAGUUCUUUGUGUUGUUUUCUGCUCUUUUUAACUUUGUCUCUAUAUUUAUACAUUCAUUAGGUGAAAUCAUACAGCUUGGAGUAAGCGCACUUGUUUUGCUCUACUUGAGUCCUUUGAAGCACCAAGAGCCUCUAAAAUUUGUUCCACGCCGGAACAUAUCUUCACCAUUGACAGCCCUCUAUCAUGAGUUUUUACUUUUGGCCAUAUGUGGAAGCAGGUUAAUACAAAUAAAGGCUUGGGAACUGAGCCUGAUGCACUGACUUUAUAGAUAAAUUAUAUUUUUUAUUUUUAACCUUUAGCAGCCUAAAGUUGAACUUGAUAAUUGUCCUUUUUUUGCUGUUAUAGAUCAAACACAACUUUUUGAUUCCAGGUAUUAGGACACAGAGAAUUUCAAAGCACUGUAAGCAGCAAUAAUCAACUUUGACACAAAACACCAUAAACAUUUUUUUAAAUGGUUAAUUGAACUGGAUUCUUCCUGAUGUUUUUCUGCUCAGACCAAGUUGCCAUGUCUUGCUGCUGUUCUGUUUAGAGAUUUAACAUAAACUAUGCUACAAGCCAAGUUUGAAUUCUGAUCAAGUUAAAUAUCCUUUUGGAUAGAUGGUACCUGAAACUUUACAUCUGCCUUUUUGUCUUUACAUUUGCUGUUUAUUUGGUAUUUGUCUCACCUAUUUUUUAUUUUAUUUUAUUUUUAAGUUCUUGUCUAUUGUCUGACUUGACCUUUUGAAGCCUGUGCCCUUAAACCACUGUAAAUGUAGAUGCAUGGAAUACAUAAACUUAAAAUCACUAAUAAAUGUUUAGUGAAUUUGCACUGGCAACUUAAA